CAGCGCAGCCGGAGCCGAGAGGCCCUUCGUGACACCUGCCGGCCGGCCGGCACCUGCCCUCACCCUGGCUGGCGGCGCUGGGAGCAGGCUUCCCGCCGGCCCGCACCGUCGCCCGACCUCUCCUCUGCACCACGUCCACCAUGACCUCGAGCCGCAAGCCGCGCCACUACGAAUCGGCGGUGGCCGAGUCGCCCAAGCGCCACGCGCUGCUGGCGUCGCCCUUCUCGCACCUCAAGGCGCGCACCAGCAGCCUGCUCGACAGCAUCACCGGCGGCGACGCCGAGGCACAGCGCGCCCAGCGCCUCAGCGAGAUGCGCCGCCACGACGACAUGAAGGCGAGCACAUGCAAGGCCUGCGGCGUCGUCUAUGCCGGCCCGCGCGAGCUCGAUGCGCACCAGGCGCUCUUUCCGCGCCACAAGGCCGAGCAGCUGCGGCGCAAGGUGCCCACGCGCGCCGCAUCGACGUCGGCGCUCGCCGACUUUGACGCCGUGCCGUCGCCCGUGGCUGCUGCGCCGGCCCGCAAGGACUCGGCCGCGACGGUGCCGAACAUGACGCUCAUCGACGUGCCGCCGGUGGACGAGUCGCCGUUCUUCACCGACUCGCCCGUCACGCCUGCGAGCCCCUCGGCUGUGCCGGGCUUCCCAGACUUUGCCUCGCGCUUCUCGCCGCUGCCCGAAGAGGUCGGCCGCGCCCCGCAGCCAAAGAGCCCGGCGCCUGCCUCGCCGCGCAGUCCGCAGGAGAUGCGCAACGUCGAGGCCGGUCGGGCGAGUGCGGCCCGGCAGCUGGCCCAGUCCCCGCCGAAGCCAGCGCCACGCAGGCGGGGCGCCUCCGAGAAUGGCCUCGCGAUGCUCGGCGAGCUCUCGCUGCAAGAGUCGUCGCCGGCGCGGCCGGCCAUGCACACGCGACAACGCAGCAUCGGCGACAUCGUCGGCGCCGUGAUGGCGACGGCCAAGGCAGGCUCGGGCGGCGCGGCCAGCAUGCCAGGCCCAUCGCAGGUGUCCGGCUCUGUCGAGGUCGACGGCCGGCGGCGCACGCCGACUUCGCACUUCCGCGCCCUGUCAGAUACAGAGCCCGUGCGGGCGCCGCCGCCGCUGCCGCCCAAGGCCGCUCCUGCGCUGCAGCCCAGCGCCGUCAAGUUUGAGAGCGGCACGAAGCAGCGGCAGGAGAAGUCGUGGCAGGCCUUUGAGCCGGAGGGCUCGUCGGAGGGCCACUCCGACCUCGGGCACGUCCAGUCCGAGGCGGCGCCGGUCUUCGCGCCUCCUGAACGCAGCGACGCCUGGAGCUCGGCGCCAGCACCGGCACCUGAGCCGUACAGCCCCGGACGACGAGUGCCACCACCGCCGCCGCCGAUGCCUCGGCGCCGCAGCACCAAUCCGUUUCUGCCGGACCUGCACGUCGAGACGGCCUUUGCACGGCCCAGCGGGCCCGUGUCGUCGGCCGAUGCAUACGCGCUGCCCGCGCAGCCGCGCUCGCCCACCGCCCCGCGCUCGCCUGGCAACCCGUUCCGAUAGCUCUGCUAAUGUAUUUCAUGCUUGGUGCAGAUAGAUGCGCUCUGAGGGCGAGCGGUGAGGAUAGUCGAGAGAGGUGGAGCGGUGCGAGGCGGAGACGCGCAGCGCACGCACCAUGAUGCAGCCGCUGCAGUCUGUCAGGCACCGGCUUCCUCUCCUCUCGUGCCUGAAUGCGCUGCGCCGCGCUGGCAGCGCGCCGCUCGGCCGCAAGCGCCGCGCGCGGGGAACAAGGCCCGAGGUG